AAAAAUUAUUAUUUCUUCCUCAAACCUAAACUGCAUCUGCUAAUUAGGUCUGGUCUGCCUUCGACAUUGGAGCAUCGUGGUGCACGCGCACAGCGGCAGUUAGCUUAGCCGGCUAACUUGGAGAAAGUUACGAUGUCAGAUUUCAGCAGAAGUAUAAACUAGUAGAUAUGUUGGCGUUCAUAGCUUCUUCGUGUGUGCGAAAUGCGAGGAACAUCUCACCGCGUGUUUCCCGCUUGUCAGCCGCUUUCUCGGCUCCGACGGUUGGAGGCCAGCGGUCGUUGCCACUCCUCACGCCGGCCGCCCGGCUUCGCCUACCCGCUAGAUCCGUGUCCCUGUCCGCCCCCUCUCCUCGGGAUGUCGAAUCUCCAGAAUCUCCUCCUGUGCCAUUGGAGAACCACGAACCCCACGAGGACUCAUUCGGGUAUGUCUCUGCCGAUUUUUCCUCCAGAAGACUGUACAGGAAGACCAACUCCGAAUUCAGGGAUCUGCGACCCCGAGAGGAGGACCAUGAAGAGGACGGCGAGGAGCCGGUUCAGAGACCCAGGAGGCCCGGGAGGAGAAACACUACAUACUGGUACUUCUUACAGUGCAAGAAACUCAUCAAAGCGAAUAAGCUGCAAGAAGCUUUGGAUCUGUUCAGCAAAAACAUGCUUCAAGAAGAGAGGCUGCAGCCGGAGGAGUAUAACUACAGUGUCCUGAUCGGAGGAUGUGGCCGAGCUGGAAACCUUAAAAAGGCCUUCAAACUCUACAAUGAUUUGAAGAAGCGAGGUUUGCAUGCUGAAGACGCUGUUUACACUGCGCUGUUCAACGCCUGCGCUGAGUCGCCCUCAAAAGAAGCUGGAUUACAGCACGCACUGAAGUUGGAGCAAGAACUCCGUCGCAAAAACUACCCCCUCAGCACCAUCACUUACCAUGCCCUUCUCAAGACGCAUGCUAUGACCAACCACCUUCAAGCCUGUAUCCACACCAUCAGGGAGAUGCUACAGAACGGGCACGUUAUAACACAGGUGACCUUUCACUAUUUGCUAAUGGGCUGUCUGAAGGACAAAGAAUCUGGCUUCAGGUUGGCUCUGCAGGUUUGGCGUCAGAUGUUGAGAUCAGGGAUUCAACCUGACUCUCAAAAUUAUAAUCUGCUUUUGAGGGCUGCUCGGGAUUGUGGGAUUGGCAAUCCUACCCUGGCAACACAACUUCUGUUGGAUUCUGACUGGCAGUCUUCUUCAAAAAAGGACAAAAAUGCAGCAAAUGGGGAGUCGGCGUCUGGCCACAGGGUUUCAGUCGACAUCGACCUGCUGGAGCAGCAGUUGUUAAUCCAGCCUGGUUUGCAGAAUGAGGAUAAGGAGGACUCCUUUUUUGGACAAGACUCCACUCACCUGAUACCACUCAAGCAAGAAGACGAUGUCUCAUUACCUGUUGACCUCGCAGAUGAUUCUGCACUCCCGAGCCUGCUUGAUCUGUUCGAGGGGAAACGAUCUGCCGUGUUCUCUCUCAGUGUUAGAAAUGAGGCAUCAGAUAGGCUAGCAUUAAUUGGAGGCGCUAAAGGCGUUUUGGAGAAGAUGACAGUCAAUGGACUCGUCCCAGACCUCCGAACGUUGACCCUGCUGGCUGAUACAGUGCAACCCAGCAGUCAGUCUUUGCAAAUCCUGUUAAAGGCGGCCAAGGAGUACCGAGUGAAGCUUGAUGUGGCGUUCUUUAACUCUGUGAUUCGUCGAGCAGCCAGAGCUGGCAAUUUGGACGAGGCCAAGGUUGUGUUGAAAGUGAUGCAGCAGCGUUAUGUCGAGGUGAAUGCACAGACAUUUGGAAGUCUUGCAUUGGGCUGUGAGAAACAGAAGGAUGGUCUGCAGCUGCUGAAAGACAUGGAGGAGGCGGGAUUCAGGCCUAACAUCUAUGUGUUCUCUGCUCUUAUUGGCCGAGCUGUCCGGAGACUGGAUUAUGUCUACCUUAAAACACUUCUCAAAAUAAUGAAGGAUAUGGAUGUGUGGCCUAAUGAGCUUGUCAUUCAGAAACUUGAGUUUGCUGCACAGUAUCCUCCAGACUACAACCAGUACAAGUCCAGAAACAAUUAUCUCGUCCAGAUUGAUGGGUUCCGUGGUUACUACCAGCAGUGGCUGAAGUCCAUGCCGGCACUGGGCACAGGGGAAAAACAGGAAGAGCCGCAGCCUGCUGCAAAAACAGAAACUGAUGAUGGUCUGACGAUCUCUGAGAGGAACCGGAGAGCAGCGGCAAGGAGAUACUACUCUCGCAAGAAGAACAAGCUGAGCCCCACUGUUUCAGCCGUGUAAAAAUCCACAGCACGUGUCUCGUGACAAGCCUGAAGACACUGCUGAAAGCGCUAGUGCUACUGACCAUACUGACCCUGUUCUGACUGUAGCUUUUAAAUAAGAAAUUAAAAAAUGUCAUUCAUGUUCAUUCACCUGUUUUAUUAUGUUUCACCACUAGAGGCUGCAGACCAACUGGAACAGUGUUUCAAAAUAGUUUGUAAGGUAUUGAGGCCCCCUUUUAGCACUGCAUCUGAUGUCUUCCUUUUGAUACGGACUCUGGAACUGUGCUUUUAAACACCGGUGUUGCAAAGGUUUCAAAACAUCCCAGAACAGUGUUUUCAGUUUGCUGUCACUAACUUGCAGUAACAACAAAACAUUUUGUUAUCUUCCCCAGUCACACAUUCUAUCCAUUCUUUAGUUACAGUUUUACUGGACUGUACCCUCCUGUAUGUAUAUUUUUCACAUGUUGGCCAUCAUGUUUUCCUCUGCUCUUGUUAGCUGGGCAGAGCUGGGCAUCAUCACAUCAUUGUGUCAGUUUUAGGUGAUGACUUGUAUUUUCUACUUAAUAUUCUGGAUGUGUUGAGGGUGAUUCCGGUGUAGUUUUGUCAUGUAUUUCUUUGGCUCACCAGGUUAAGAUCACACUGAGAAUCAAGCGAGACCUCACAAAGACAGCAGCACCAGGGACACAAUAGUGACUUAGAAUCAUAAACCAAUGAAAUCACAGCAAUAAAAUGGUA